UCAACAACACAGAGCCGUCAGAUGGCAUCACAGUGAACGCUCAACUCACAGUUUACUGACAGCUUUCCACAUGUAACGUUUUGAGCGAGCGUUCGCACUAGCACAAAACAUUUUGUGAACAUCUGAACGAGUGCUUCUUAGGACUUCACGAUGACAGCUAAAACUUUGGAUAAAGUCCCUGUAACUCUUGGUGGCUUCGUGCACCCUCUUUCCGAAAGCAUCUACUCAGUGGACGAGAUUGCAACAUCACUGCCAGCCUCUGUGACUAUAUUUCCAAACGGUGAUUUAGGAGGACAUUACGAGCAGAUAAACUCGGGAGAUGGCUUGAUUAGCGGGGAUAUGAGCACGGAGAAGCGCUCGCUCGACUUAACCUAUUCCAGCAGUUUCGCGCAACCAGCUGGCCCUCGCAACCAAACUUUCACCUACAUGGGAAAGUUUUCCAUCGACUCCCAGUACCCAGGUAACUGGAACCCGGAGGGCGUGAUCAACAUCGUGAGCGCGGGGAUCCUGGGCAUGACCCAGCCAUCCUCAGCAUCCUCGUCACCUGCAUCCUCAGUCUCCCCCAGCCACUUCUCCAGCACUCUGAGCUGCACCAUGGCGCAGAACCAGGCGGACAUGGAGCACAUCUACUCUCCCCCGCCGCCCUACUCUGGAUGCGGGGAGGUGUAUCAAGACCCGUCCGCGUUCCUCUCCACCUCCACCUGUCCCAUCUCCUAUCCCCCGCCAUCCUACUCCUCCCCAAAGCCAAACACGGACUCCGGGCUGUUCCCCAUCAUCCCGGACUACGCCGGCUUUUUCCAGCCGCCGUGCCAGAGGGACAUGCAGUCGAUGCCCGACCGCAAACCGUUCUCAUGCCCGCUGGACUCUUUUAGAGUCCCGCCUCCUUUGACCCCCCUGAACACUAUCAGGAACUUCACACUGGGGGGACCGGUCUCUGACGGACCCCGGCUACCCACAGCCUACAGCCCGCAGAAUUUACCCCUCAGGCCCAUCCUGCGCCCGAGGAAGUACCCCAACAGACCGAGCAAGACCCCCGUGCACGAACGGCCCUACCCCUGCCCGGCGGAGGGCUGCGACAGGCGCUUCUCCCGGUCCGACGAGCUCACCAGACACAUCCGCAUCCACACCGGCCACAAACCCUUCCAGUGUCGGAUAUGCAUGAGGAACUUUAGUCGCAGCGACCACCUGACGACCCACAUCCGCACGCACACCGGCGAGAAGCCCUUCGCCUGCGACUUUUGCGGGAGAAAGUUCGCGCGGAGCGACGAAAGAAAGAGACACACCAAAAUCCACCUGCGACAGAAGGAGAGGAAAUCAUCCUCGUCGUCCUCUGGAGUGUCCAGCUCGGAGCGCGGCGUCGCCACGGGCAUCUGCUCGUCCAGUUCAAGCCAGUAAACUCUCAACUGGACAGUGCAAUAUCCAACACUAUGUAGGCAAUACGAUGACAAUAAUAAUGCACCAUGCGUAAUAUAUUAAAACCUGGGUGGACUGAUGAAAGUGAAAUCAAACCACAGUGCCAAAUGAUAUGGACACAUUUAUGGCGCGCACUUUUGAAGGUGGUGCGAUGUUCGUUUUCUUUUUGCCUCAGUCGCAUGCUGACUGACCAAACGCACUUUGUUUGAAUAUUUAGGCCAAUUAAUUUAAUUAAAAAAUAACCUUAGAUAGCACGUGGGAGAACUGUGUCUUAGAUAAAAGUUGGAGUGGUUACGUUAAUUUAAACAGACUAAUGUGUCAAGGAGGUGUCUAACAUCACUAUUUUCUCCCAUCGUCGUGCCUUUCGUCCGUUCAUCUUGUAUAUACACCCGGAGGCUUGAAUUAAAUUGUACAUUAUUCUUUAAUAUGAAAGUUUUUGAAGAUAUAUUUUUGUACAAACCGUUUCGUGUCAAAAGUGUUGCAUUUGUGCUAAAACAAGAAUUGUAUAUUUACUCAUAGCGACUUGACGUUUGUUCUGUGGUUGUUCUGACUGAUCUAAAUGUAUUUGUUAUCAAGUGACUAACGCAGGUCAAUAAUGUCCUACUUUGUCAACAUGAAAAUAAUAAACAACACAUGGAUUGUGAACUGAUGUUUGUUUAACUGAUUUUCACUGUAUAAAAAAAAAGGUGUAAAAGGAAAAAGUGAAGUAAACUUGUAGGGACAUUCCCGUUUGGGCAUCACUGAGUUCUGACUCAUGGUCUCAAAAGGGCCAGCACCCACACAGUGUUGUUUACAAAUGCACAAAGGGUGUGAAUAUUCACAUUCUGUAAUUUUCUAUAGGGUUAGUGUAAAAGGAACAA